AUGUCCGAGGCAAUUUCCAAAAGAAAUCUCAGUCAGAUACAGCCGGUCCAGACUAAGCGUCAAGAGGUUGAGGCGGUCAAGAAAACCUCCAAGCCAGGGCGCAAGCCUGUUAAUAGUGAGCCUAAGAACAAACGAACUGCCCAGAAUCGAGCUGCCCAAAGAGCGUUCCGUGAACGUAAGGAAAAGAAGAUGAAGGAACUUGAAGAUAAAGUCACCGAACUAGAGAAUGAGCGGAAAGCAGCUACGACAGAAGCUGAUUUUCUACGGAUUCAGGUGGAGAUGCUUAGCAACGAAUUGACAAAAUAUAAGGGGAAGGGGUUCAAUAUUGAAUCUUUGAAAUUGGAUAGGAACCUCAGUGAAAAUUACCAGAAACACAAGUCUCCUAGCAAUGCCGCAGUGAUAUCUCCUAGUGAUAGUAAUACCACCAAUAGCCCAGUCAAUUUGAAUUCGAACCAAACAUUUGAGUUCCCUUGGGGCAAUUUGAAGAUGAAUUAUCCCGUGUCAAAGGUCACCCCUAGUUAUAGUGAAAGCUCUAUUUCAUUGAAGGGGGAAAACUCUUUAUCUCCAGAUUCAGAAAUUGCAUCAUCGCUGGACUCUCCUUCUGAUAGGGCUUCCAACAUUGAUAAUCCUGUCAAGAGUAUCAAGUCCGAGCCGUACAAUUUUGAUAACAAUUUUGACGAAAAAGUUUUCUGCAACUCUUUGAAUAUGGCGUGUGGCACAAAGGAUAAACCAGUACCGACAUUCCCAACGAAAAGUGAUCCCCACCAACAAACUGAUAAACCAGCAAUCUCACCUUUUAGUGUUCCAGCCUCCACUCCAUCGCAAUUUACUAAUGGUCAAACUGAUUUCUUAUCGUUUUUCAACAAUCAUGAUAUGACUUAUGAUCCUGAGGUAGCAUUCAAUUUCAGUGAUAGCACGAAAUUAUUAGACGAUCUCGAAUUCUUGAAAGAUCCCGCCACCAAUGCAGGUUACAGAGACCCUGACUCCAACAACGAAAAUAACAAUAACUUUGAGUUGUUCGACGGAGUGACCAAUGUUAAUUCGACCGAUGGAUCUAAUCUCGAUGAUUUUGACCCUAUCAAUGCCCUAACUACCGAUGAAUUAUCGUAUGAUCCGUUCGAAAUCAGUAACUUGACCUCUGCUGAGAGUGAUAAUAAUAAUAAUAAUAAUAAUAAUAAUGCAGCAAGGAAUCCGUUAUACAACAUUAACGGUAUGCCAUCACCAUUCAACGGUAUCGCCACAAGCAUGUCACAAUCAGCAGCCAAUUCGUCAAUGUCCAAGUAUAUCAACUCUGCUGGCAACUCUCCAACAUCGUUCUUCAAUAGUGGCGUCACUCCAGUGUCGUCCCUGGGAACCCCUGGUAUUAAAGUUAAGCAGGAAGAAAUGGAUGAUUUCGACGAUAAUGCGGUUGUUCCCGCUAAGGAAGAAAAGAUGAUCAAGUGCACUGAAAUCUGGGACCGUGUGACCUCGCAUCCUAAAUACGGAGAGUUGGAUAUUGAUGGGUUAUGUAGUGAGUUGAGAACUAAGGCUAAAUGUAGUGACAAAGGGGUUCUUGUGAAUGUCGAUGAUUUUGAGAAGAUUUUUUCGAAGAAAAACGGAUCCUGA